AUGACAAGCGCUAUCACGCUUUUCGGCUUUUUUCGAAACUAUAAACUUGGUAAUAAUGCUGCAAAAGCUGCACGCAAUAUAAACCAGGCAUUUGGAGAGAAUACUGUGAACGAUCAAAAAGUGCAGCGUUGGUUUGAAAAAUUCCGGUCUGGUGAUUUUUCCCUGCAAAAUGAACCGCGUGGAAGACCCGAAACGUCUGUGAAAAAUGAUGCUCUGAAAGCAUUGGUGGAAACGAAUCCAACUGUUUCUUCAAAGGAACUUGCUGCCAGAAUGGAAGUUGACCGUACAACAAUAUUGCGACAUCUUUCUGAAAUUGGCAAGGUGAAAAAAAUGGAUAAGUGGAUACCGCACAAACUAACCGAGCUUAAUAAGCUGGAUCGCUUGAACGUAUGUUCAUCAUUGCUAACCCGAUUUAAUCGAGAUCCAUUUUUCGAUCGGAUCAUUACUUGUGAUGAAAAAUGGGUUCUUUACGACAAUAGGAAAAGGUGUGCUCGGUGGCUUGAUAGGGAUGAGGCUUGUGCUCAUACUCCACGGUCAUCACUUCAUCCACGGAAAAUUUUAAUCACAGUUUGCUGGAAUGUAACUGGAGUAAUACAUUACUCAUUCCUUCGAACUGGAAUGACAAUUACAGCCGAAAAGUAUUGCUAG